AUGGAGUUUUCUAUGACUGGAUCGCCGGCGACGACGCCACUGGCAACCCCGGGUGGCUCCAGACAGAAAGAACCCAGAUUUCGUCCGCCAGUCGCACCAAGCCCCUACUCGGAAUACCAGCAAGCCGGCUCAGAAGCGAGUUACUUCCCUGUCCAGGCCCAGCAACAAGUCCCGCCACAGCAGCAACCCCCAUCACAACAACAACCAUUCCACGCUAUGGACGGUCUAUCAAAUCAAAUGGGCGCAAUGGGUCUCGCUGGUCAAGGACCCGCUCCUGCUGCACCAAGCUCACGACCGCAUAAAAAGAAGGACAGACAUGCGUACCACCACAUAGAGACGCCCACUGCCGCCCAGCCUUUGACUCCGGGAGCGAGUGGUGUAUCAGGAGCCACUUCGUCGCAGUUCUACAACACUCAAAAUGCUCCCAUGCCUGGAACCGCUGGCCCGUACAUGUCGCAGCAGAUCACGCCUGCCAUGUCGCAGUUCCCUGCCGCAGCAUCAGCCUUCACGCCUGCCAACCCUGCUACUUCUAUGGAACAUGCUGCUCGUCAGGGCGAUCAGCUCUUGUCCGCUCCUGCUUCCUCUCAGUCAGGCCGCGUCGACCCGGACCAGAUCCCCAGUGUACCGAGGUCACGCGACAUUCCUGCUCGCCACUAUCAGGAGCGCAUCUACCCUACCAUGGAACAACAUCUCCCACCACCUGCCGCCGUCCCCUUUGUCGCUUUCGACCAGGGCAACAGUUCUCCCAAAUUCGCUCGUCUCACCCUGAAUAACAUUCCUACCUCCAACGAAGCUCUUCAAACUACUGGCCUCCCCCUGGGUCUUGUGCUGCAACCGCUAGCCCCCUUACAAGAUGGCGAACAGCCGGUACCUGUUCUCGACUUUGGAGACGUUGGUCCACCACGUUGCAGGCGUUGCAGAACCUACAUCAACCCCUUUAUGACUUUCCGUUCUGGUGGAAACAAGUUUGUCUGCAACUUGUGCACACACCCUAAUGACGUACCAUCUGAGUACUUUGCUCCUACCGAUCCAACUGGUAUCAGAGUCGAUCGCUCGCAAAGGCCUGAGCUGAUGUUAGGUACUGUUGACUUCCUGGUGCCUAAAGAGUACUGGACCAGAGAUCCUGUUCCUCUUCAGUGGCUCUUCGUCAUCGAUGUCAGUCUGGAGGCUUCUAGCAGGGGCUUCCUUGACGCCAUGUGCAAAGGCAUUCUGCACGCACUCUACGCUGAAGAUGGCACCAACAAUGUUCCUGCAGGUGUCAAGGUUGGUUUCGUCACAUUCGAUCGGGAAGUGCACUUCUAUAACUUAACUCCGGGUCUUGAACAAGCUCAGAUGAUUGUUAUGCCUGACAUCGAGGAUCCGUUUGUGCCUUUGAGUCAAGAUCUCUUUGUGGAUCCUCAAGCCUCCAAAGCUGCCAUCACUUCGCUUCUUGGCCGGAUUCCGGAUAUGUUCUCCUCGGUGAAGAGUCCAGAACCUGCGCUCCUUCCUGCUAUCAAUGCCGCUUUGGCAGCUCUUACUUCCACUGGUGGCAAGAUUGUAUGCUCAGUAUCAACUCUACCAACAUUCGGUCCUGGAAGACUCUUCCCUCGCGACAAGAAUGAAGGCCGUGACACGGAUGCCGAGAAAAAGCUAUAUACCACCGAGCAUCCUGGUUGGAAAGGUACAGCUGCAAAGAUGGUGGAGGCUGGCGUUGGCAUAGAUUUCUUUAUGGCCGCACCCAGUGGAGGCUAUCUCGACAUUGCGACUAUCGGACACUGCUGUGCAGUUUCUGGAGGCGAGACGUACUACUACCCCAACUUCCAUAGCCCGCGUGACGAUUUGCGACUGGCAAAGGAACUUAAACGCACAGUCACCCGCGAAACAGGUUUCCAGGCUCUCAUGAAGGUCCGCUGCUCGAACGGUUUGCAGCUCUCUGCGUAUCAUGGCAACUUCACUCAGCAUACUUUCGGUGCUGAUCUUGAAUUUGGCGCAAUUGACGCAGACAAGGCGAUCACAGUCAUGUUCAGCUACGACGGCAAGCUGGAUGAUAAGCUGGAUGCGCACUUCCAAAGUGCACUCCUCUACACAACUGCGACGGGUGAGCGUAGAGUUCGUUGCACCAACACUGUCGCCAGUGUGAGUCAGAGUGCUCUUGACGCAAUGAAAUUUGUCGAUCAAGAUGCUGUGGUCAGCGUUAUCUCGAAGGAGGCCGCAUCGAGGGUCUCGGAGAGAACAUUGACAGAGAUUCGCAAUUCUUUGAGCGAAAAGACGAUCGACAUACUUGCUGGCUAUCGUAAGAACUUCUCUGGCUCACACCCACCUGGUCAACUUGUCUUGCCCGAGAAUCUCAAGGAGUUGAGCAUGUACAUGCUGGGACUAAUCAAGUCAAGGGCAUUCAAGGGCGGUCGCGAGCCCAGCGAUCGUAGAAUCCACGACAUGCGCAUGAUCAGAUCGAUGGGGCCCAUGGAGCUGUCCUUGUAUUUAUACCCACGCAUUAUUGCUGUGCACAACCUGGAGCAGACGGAUGGUUUUGCGGACGAGAACGGUCGUUUGGUCAUGCCUCCUGCCAUCAGAGCGUCGUUUGGACAGAUCGAAGAAGGUGGAGCGUACAUUGUCGACAAUGGACAGAUUUGUCUACUCUGGCUGCACGCUCAGGUGUCUCCAAACCUGCUCGAAGACUUGUUCGGUGAAGGCUACAACGAACUCAAGCAUCUGGAUCCAUUCAGCUCCAGCCUGCCUGUGCUUGAAACCCAUCUUAAUGCUCAGGUUCGCAAUAUCCUGCAGUACAUGGAAACCACAAGGGGCUCAAAGGCAAUGACGAUUCAACUAGCGAGACAAGGAUUGGAUGGUGCAGAAUAUGAAUUUGCUCGCUUGCUGUAUGAGGACCGCAAUGGCGAUGCGCAGAGCUAUGUCGACUGGCUGGUGCACGUGCACAGGCAGAUUCAGAUGGAGCUGUCUGGUCAGCGUAAGAAGGACGACGGCGGAUCAGAUAUCACCAGCACGGUAGCCUCGACUUUCGCCGGCCUCAGAACACCCUACUGGAAUUGA